GUCAUCUUUUGGCGCCGGACGUUGACUGUUCCAAAGUUGCAGCCAUAAUCGUAUUGCGCCUGUUUAUUUUAUAUGCUUUUUCCUCUGCGUUAAGCCCGAUUUAAGUGUAUAUAUUUGGUCAUAACUGUUUUGUACAGAAAUGAGUGACGAUUUGGAUGCUAUUCCCGAAAGGGAGAUGAAGGACUUUCAAUUCAAGCAAAUGAAGAAAAUCCGUAUAUUUGAUACUCCAGAUGAGUUGCCCAAGGACAGGUGCAGUCUUCUUGCAGUUUCUAACAAGUAUGGGCUAACAUUUGCAGGAGGAUCCAAUGAACUGAAAGUUUUUCUGACAAGUGAUAUCAUUGAUGUCAACCAGAAGGGAGGAGAUCCCAAUGAAAUAGUUGAUGAAUUGAACUGCAUAAGUGUUCCAGUAAAGUCAACCUUGCACCACAUUGCUUUGAGCGCAGAUGAACUGACACUCUCUGUUUGUACAACAAGCAGUGAAGCUGGGACUGUUUUAUUUUUCUAUGAUGUGCGAGUUUUCUUGAACAAGGCCAAAUUACAGAAGAGCCAUUUUGCGUCAUUUAAUCCAGUUGCCGAUAGCAAUGUCGUUGUUCAGGACUUAAAGUGGAAUCCUGCUCACCCCCCAAUGUUGGCAGCCUGCCUUUCUGACGGAAGUCUCUUCGUGUUAGACAUCACAGACAAUGUGAAAAUACAGGCUCAACUGCCUCCUCCUACUGGCAUUACAACAGUGUGUUGGAGCCCUAAAGGAAAGCAAGUUGCAGCAGGGAAAAAGGAUGGGACUCUUGUGCAGUACUCGCCUACUUUACAAGAGAAGAAGGUUAUUCCCUGUCCAAAUUUCUACACUUCUGACAAUCCAGUUAAAGUAUUGGAUGUUCUGUGGCUUAGCACCUAUGUGUUUGCUGUGGCAUAUGCAGCAGCAGCUGAUGAUACCCUGGAGACACCUCCUGAGCUUGUAGUCAUUUCUUUGCCUAAGAAAGAAGAGCAAAGAGCAGAAAAGUUUCUGAAUUUUAGCGAUUUGUUUUUCAGUUCUUGUAAUGAAAGGCAGCAUCAUUUUUAUUUGAAUUAUGUGGAGGACUGGGACUUUGUUCUAGCAGCAUCAGCAGCUUCCAUUGAAGUUAGUAUUAUUGCAAAACAGGAAGACAAGACAAACUGGGAGUUGUGGCUUUUGGGAGAUGCUAGCCGAGCUGAACUUCCUGUCACAGAAAGCAAUGAAGAUACUUUACCCAUGGGAGUUGCUGUAGACCAUACCAGCCAGGUGCCAAUUCCAAUAACUGAAGAGAAGACUCUGCCUCCAGCUCCAAUACUGAUGUUGCUGUCCACGGAUGGAGUUCUUUGUCCUUUCUAUCUAAUUAACCAGAUACCUGGAGCAAAAUCGUUCAUUUCGGCUCCAGGGUUAUUGGAUUUAGAAGGCGAACGAGAGCUACAAGCAGCAGCCCCUUCAGUACCACUUCCUAAAGUGAAUGUUACUCCGGCUCCAAAGCUUCCAGUGCCCACUUUCUCUAUGCCAUCCAUUGCACUGGCUCCACCAAGUUCUGCAAGCACAUCUGUUCCAGGAGAGACCAAGGUGUUGCCCACAGGUUUCUCAUUCUCUGCUACAGCUGUCGGCUCCACUCCUUUCGCUCUAUCUCCAGCAGCAUCCAAACUAGCAGUGUCAAGUUCAAAUGUGGAUACAUCAUUAUUGACUCUCUCCAGCUCUAAAAUCUUGGCAGCGCCCACUACAGGGCUGUCACUUUCUUUUGGCAUUUCUAAACCUUUGGGAGAAAACUUUGUUACACCACCAGGCAUGUCCACUCCAGUCACUGGGUUUAAAGCUAAUUCUGAAGUGUCCACACUGGCACCUAAAGUAAAUCUGAAUGACAGGUUAUCCACAGACAAGUUUCCUUUAACCUCUACACCAAAUCCUUCAUUUGGAAGUCUUAUUAACCAGAGUUUAGCUCCUCCUACAUCAGCACUUAAUAGAAGCAGUGCAACCCUGGGAUCUUCCUAUCCGUCCCCUCCUGUAUCGGGGCAGAAGCCAAGCGCUUCUACAGCACCCUCCAGCAAAAGCAGCAUCAACUCAUUUAAGCCUCCUGCUCCUGAUUUGGAAAAGCAGCUACAACAAGGAAAAGAUUCAAACCCAAUCAUGGCUAGCAUAAUGGAGGAGAUUGAGCAAUUUAAAAAUGAACUAAAAGAUCUGAAAGAGAGAACAGACAAAGCAAAUUUCAAAGUUGGCACAUCUGAUGAAAUGAAAGAGCUAAGGAAGAGAGCAGACGAUCUGCAUGUCUUUAUCUUGGAGAUCAAAGAAACCACAGAGUCCCUGCACGGAGAUAUUGGAACAUUAAAGACUACAAUGUUGGAAGGAUUUGCAAGUGCAGAGGAGGCAAAAGGAAGAAAUGAACGGAAUAAAGACCACAGUUACCAACAACUGCUAUACAAAAAACCCCUGGACCCAAGAAGUGAUUCACAACUUAAGAAAAUCCGACAGUUGUACCAAUAUGUAAAGUUUGCAGUGGAGGAUGUGAAUGAUGUACUUGAUUCAGAAUGGGAAAAACAUUUGGAAAAAAAGAAGAAACUAAGGCGUCUGAUUGUUCCUGAGAGAGAAUCUUUAUUCAGCACUUUAGCCAACCAUCGUGACAUCAUCAACCAAGAGAGGCAAAGACUGUGUAUGCUUAUGGACAGCUUACAAAAGCUGAGGCUUUACAACAAAACGUCUCAGUGGAAUAGUUCCAUUGCACCAUUGAAUACUGAUCAAGGUCUUGAUACUGAACUAGAAAGUCUACGUGAGGCUUUGCUGAAAUCAACUUUGGAAACAUCUGCUAAACCUCCAUCCAAAACCCCUGAAAAGCUAUCACCAGCUAAGCAGAACCAACUAAGAAGUUUUCUUUCAAAAAGGCAAACUCCUCCAGUUCGAUCUACUGCGCCAGCAAAUCUUUCAAGGUCAGCAUUUCUCUCACCAAAGUAUUUUGAAGACUUGGAUGACAUCAGCUCCACAUCCUCAGUUUCUCAGUCCAUCGAUCAGGAAGAGCUAGCAUCUCUGGAGGAGGAGAAAGUGCAAGUCACACCACCUAAGCACCAGGUUGUCUCUCGUACUCCAUCCAUCCAACCUGGUGGUAUAUCUCCCCCUGUCUCUGUGUUUGGAAAAUUACAAGUGGGAGGCAGCCCUGCAAUUCUUUCAGCUAAAUCAAUUGGAGCAGGAGGGGACAGCACUGCAUUUGUAUCCAAAACAGUUAAACAUGGUGCCCCAACGUAUGAGAAAAGCCCAGCUGUUACUGUAUCCGCCCAGCAGGCUGCUGCAGCAGCAGCACUGAGAAGACAAAUGGCCAAUCAGGCAGCAGCUGCCAAUACUUCACUUACAGAGUCAACGCUGAAAAAUGUUCCUCAAGUUGUGAAUGUCAAGGAGCUUAAAGAAAAAGGAUCAUCUUUAAUUAUGCCACCCCUUCAAAGUAUUGCUGCUCAAGGUUCUGCUGUUCCUGACAUUCAGCAACUUCCAGCCACAACUACAGCUGUACAGGAUCAGCCUUCUUUUCCCAGUGCAUUGAAAGUUUCAGUGCCAGCCUCAAGUGGCUCCUUAAUGGGUUCUCAGCCUGGAUUUUUGUUUGGAGGAGUCACAAAGCCUGACUCAACGUUUUCUGCCCCUAUUUCUUCAUCCUCUUCUGUUGCUGGACAGAACAAAGUGUUUUCCUUCACUUCAGCUGGAUCCACCGGAGUUUUGAAUUUUGGAACUCUUGGCACUACAUUAGGCCCAACAUCUCAAGGAAAUGGUUCACAAGGAGUGCCCAAGGAAUCCAGCCAAGUCAACAAGUUUACUUUACCUACCACUUGUGCAAAGCCUGUGUUUGGGCCCGGAUCAGACACCACCUUCACUUUUAGUGUAACCAAAUCUGUCGUCCCUCCAUCUGCCACUUCAGCAUCCAACACUGCUACCACCUCUGCAUUGAUUGCAGAUAAAGGCACAUCCCAGUCUUCAAAAGUAUCUUCAGUGCCACUGGUUGUCAAGACCGAGACUCUGGCCACCAAAUCUAUUGGUGGCUUACUGCAAACCACACCAGCAGGUGAAACACUUGGAAGCUUUUCGGGCUUGCGAGUUGGACAGGCUGAUGAUGAAGCCAAAGCAACUGCAAAGGUCCCAAGCACUGGUUUUUCCUUUCCUCAGCCAGAUAAAGGUGUUGCCACCACCAUUCCUCCAUCAGAGUGUAAAUUUGAAAGCGUUCUGCAGGUUCUAAAAUCCACUGAUUCAGGUUCUCCCGAAACGGUCCAUCCUUCAGGUGACACACUUCCACCCAAAACAAGUGUAAGUGCAUUCAGUGGAAUUCAGCCAAUAACCCCUGGAGGAACAACUGGAAUCUUUAAAGUAGCAGAUCCUUCUUCACAAAUCACAACAUUUGGCUUUGAGCAGACUAGCAGCACUGUGUCCUCAGGAGUUCCACCAACAACAAGUUCUGCACCUACCACAAUUUCUUUUAAUAAUAUCAUCAAUGCUGUGUCCACCUCUCUUUCUGUUGGUUUAACUGAUACUAAACCAUCAGUAACAAUAACUAAGCCCUCCAGCUCUGUUGAACCAGCAUCUGCCCCUGCCAUUGAGAAAACAGUAUCAUCUGCUCCACCAAACAAAGACAGUGCUAUUUCUCUUCCUGCUAUACCUAUGACCUUUGCAGGAGUGUCGACCUCUUCCACUGCUUCAGAAAAGCCAGAUAUUUUGCCCACUGAAAUAGCAUCAGUAUCUUCCAGUACACCAGCAGUUUCCAGCAUCUCUCAAGUAACAAGUAUUACAACAGUCACUACAGCUGUGGUUGCAGAAGUCACAAGUACGAGCAGUACAUCUCAAAGUGAACAACCCAUUGCAUUUUCCUCAGGAACAGUGCAACAACAGCCCCCUUCUUUAUUUGGGCAACCUGCUGGUGGUGAGCAACCUGGUUUAGUCUUUGCAGCCCAUUCCACUGCCAGCCCAAACCAAAGUCAAGUGGCUGCCCCUCCUUUGGCUGCAUCUGCUACAAUUUCAAGUACUACUGCCUCUGACUUCACCACCACUACCACUACAACUACCACCAGCAGCACCAACACCACUACUGCCACCACAUCCUCAGUAGUUUCAGCUUUUGGCCUUUCCAGCACAACCACAUCAUCAGGACUUGGCUCUGCCUUUGGGACAUCUGCCUUCAGUACUGGCACAGGAUUUGGAAAGCCUGCUUUUGGGCAAACCACAGCAUUUGGCCAGCCAGCCACCAGCACCAGCAACAGUAGUGGGUUUGGUUUUGGACAGCCUACCUUUGGAUCUAAUCAAGUGUUUGGACAGCCAGCUGCUUCCACCUCUGGCAGUACCAGUAGUCUUUUUGGAUCAUUAAGCACAAGUAGUAGUAGCAACAAUUUUCCUUUUGGGAUACCUGCUACUAGCAGUGGAGGCAGUGGUCUGUUUGGCCAAAACAGCCUUUCUUUUAAUAAAAAUUCAGCAUUUGGGCAGAACACUACUUUCUUUGGAAGUAACACCACCACAACACCCUCUUCCAGUUUUGGUUUCGGUCAGACUUCAGGUUUUGGCAGUUCUUCUGGCAGUUUAGUUUUUGGUCAGCCUUCCACUGGGAGUACCAUCUUUGGGCAGCAAACAGCUUCCUCUGGAAGUGGCUUCUUCAGUGGCUUGGGUGGAAAACCUAGUGAAGAUGCAGCUAACAAGAACCCAUUUGGGUCAACAUCAACCAGUGGGUUUGGUCAGCCAAACCAGACAGGAGCCACCAGCCUGUUUGGAAAUAGUGGUGCAAAGAGCUUUGGAUUUGGAAAUGCCUCUUUUGGAGAACAGAAGACAACUGGCAGUUUUUCCACUGGAGCAGGGAGUGUGGCUUCCCAAGGAUUUGGCUCUUAUUCUACUCCUUCAAAGACAGGUGGCUUUGGUGCUGCUCCGGUGUUUGGCAGCCCUCCUGCCUUCGGGGGUUCUCCAUCCUUUGGAGGGGCGCCAGCAUUCGGUUCAGCCCCAGGCUUUAAUAGCCCUCUGGGCUCGACGGCAGGCAAAGUGUUCGGUGAAGGAACAGUAGCUGCUAGUGCAGGAGGAUUCGGCUUUGCAUCUGCCUCUAGUGCCCCAUCUUUUGGCAACCUUGCCAACCAGACUACCCCUACAUUUGGAAAUUUAGCACAACCGAGUGCUGGAUUUGGAGGUCAGAACACUGGAUUUGGUGCAUUUGGAUCUCCUACUUCAGCAUUUGGCAGCAGUGGCUUUGGAGCUUCUAAUCAACAACAGACAUUUGGCUCCUGGAGAAGCUAAUGUUCAAAGACACCAUGUUUGUGUUAUGUGUCAUUUUGAUGAUACCAGUUUAAUGAAAUAUUAACUUUUUUUUGACUGGUGCAAAUGAAUUAUAAUUUGGGAGUGCUGAAUGAUGCCUAAUAAAGAGUGAUUAAUUGUGAAA